AUAAAGUGAUAGAAUUAUUAUGAACUCGUGUAUGAAUUUAGCUCAGAAAGUGCAGCUAACAUGUUCUCCUUUGUCAGCCAAGAUGGACGAGAAAGCCACGAUCGACGUUGAAGGUCUUGAACCAAACCAAAAGGUAUCUCUUCAAGCUAAACUAGUGGGAGAUUCAAAUGACAGAUAUCAUUCACUGGCUCACUACAUAGCAGACCAACAAGGCCGAGUUUGUUUGAAUUCUCAGCCUUCUGUUGGAGGGUCGUAUGUUGGCGUUGAGCCGAUGGGAUUUAUGUGGAGUCUCCAACCCGAGCCAAAUCAAAGACCUGGUCGACGACUGAUGAAAAGAGACGUGACAAAGCCUUAUUUAGUAAACCUAGCGUUACUGGACGGACAUGUCGAUAUUMUGRAAACAGAAAACUGUCAUCCAUUGUCGAGUUUAACGAUUGAGAGGCAUUACAUGUCAGCUGGUGUAAGGAGAAUUGAUGUCUAUGAAGGAAGGAUAAGGGGGACGCUGUUCCUACCGCCUGGUGAGGGUCCCUUUCAAGGUAAAGCGAUCAAAAGUGAUUAAAACCA